ACAUAUUUCAACAAUUCUCUAACCCAACUUCUCUGAAUAAUUACAUCAAACAUGUUUCUAUACUUAUAUAAAUAAUUAGUUGCACAUACACUGAACAAAUGGUAAACUAAUGCCAUAUCAUGGGUGGUGAACAGUCGCAUUUAUCUGGCAUUGACAUAGAGCAAAAAGCCAUUGAGGUAUCCGAUUUCUGGGCCCAACAUAACGCGACUGUUAACAAUGCAGGCACUCUAUCCAAAUUGUCAAUAUUUGUGGGCGAUUUGCUGUUGAUUGAGCCCUUCUGGAAACCCCAAACCCCGCUGGAAGGUUUCAGCAAGAACCUGAUGAUUUAUCGUCACCCGUGUAUCAUACGGUACGUUUCGCAAUGGAAAAAAGGCUGCAAAUUGUAUGUAGCUGUGGAGCAGGUGACGCCCCUGUCUCAAGUGAUACCCCAUUUGAAUACCAUUGAAAUUUGCCUUGGCUUGUACUCUAUAUUGAAAGCCUUAUGUUUUCUACAUGAAAAGGCCCAUGUUUCGCACAACAACAUUUGCCUGGCGUGCAUUUUUGUUAGUCGCGAUGGCAGUUGGAAAUUGGGCGGCAUGGAAUAUUUGUGCCAAUACGGCAGUUUAACAGAAGAGUACUUGCAAAAGUCCACAGUUCACAGGUACACUAAAGCAGUGGAUACAAGCGAAGCUCAACAUUUGAAGCAAUGCCCCGAAAGGAAAGAUUCUGUCGAUGUGUUUGCCUUUUGCACUUUGGUGACUGAAUUGCUGAAGAACAAACCCAAAGAUGAAGUUCCCAAUCUGGAGUCGUUUAAAGACUUAUCUACUCGCGUGGUGCAAGAGUUGAGCAUAAUGCAAAGACCUAAACCGCGAGACUUAUUGGAGCACGACUUUUUCAAGCACAAGUUUAUACAAAUACACUCGUUUCUCGUGGAGCUGCCCAUGAAAUCUAAUGCGCAAAAAUCGGAAUUUUUCACUCAGUUGAAGGCGGAUCUGGAGGGUCUGGAUGAAGAGAUGGUGGCCAGCCAGUUGGGCGGCUUACUUGUAUCUAGAAUGGUGCUCAUGCAUCAGGCAGCUCGGGACUUUUUGCUGCCUUACAUUUUGGUACCCAAGAAAAGUGAAAAUGGGGCUUUGUUUUCCCUUGAGCUAUUCAAGCGACACAUAGCGCCUAAACUGCUCAACAUAUUCCGUGUAAGAGACGUCCAAAUUCGACUGAUUAUUCUGGAAUAUUUUCCCCACUUUCUGGAGUGCUUCUCGAAAGAGGAAUUGCUUGAGCCGAUUCUACCAGAGCUUCUAGUGGGAAUCAAAGACACAAACGAGGAACUAGUGGCUGCCACGUUGCGCACUCUCUCAGAUUUGGUUCCGGUAUUGGGAGCGGCGACUGUAAUUGGCGGAAAACGAGCUAAGCUGUUCAACGACGGCCGCCCGAACGAAGGCAGUUUCCUUAGGGAACAGCCUGGGAAAGUCGAAGAGCGUAGUGAUGUUACUAGAGGUGAAUUUAUCAGUACGCUUCGCCAGCUACCAGAGCGCCAAAGGCCAGAUGGGGAGGAAGGCGAAACUUCCAAUGAAGAGAUUGAGCAGUCGGCAGAUGAAUUGCCCGGAGACAAUUGGGAGGAAUGGGAUACUGACAAUGUUGUCGAACCGACCGAAUCCGCAGCAAAAUUCUUAGUCAGUCUGAAUGAUACAGCAAGAGAAACCUCCACUAACAGCAAAGCAAAGCGUCCAUUGGAUAUCACGGAAUUGGAUAUUAAAUCGAAAGCUGUGAGGGAAUCAUCCGAUAUCGACUUCUUCGAAGAUAUGGAACCAGUCAUUCAAAGUGAUAGCAAGUUUCUGAUAGGGAACAAUGCUACGGUGAUAAGUAGCAAACUUACUAUUGAAGCGCCAGAUGUGAACGAAGAAGGAUGGGAUGACGAUUGGGAGUGAGCUGAUCAAAUGCUAGUUUUGUCAUAUAGUUGACGUUGGAAAAUAAAAAGUAUAUCUAUCGAAUUAA